CUGCACCUUCGUUAUGUUGUCAUUCAUCAUUUUUCCUCCUCUGCAAAUCCUUGGGUCUGCAAAGAUGCUUCGGUCUGCAAGGAUUUUGAUCUCCAGUGCUACAUUCGUGAUAUGUUUCUUAGCUGGCGUCCCUUCCUCAAUCUCUCUCUCCUUCAACUUCUCUACCUUCCCAAACGAUGUCUUUGUGUCCGAUAUCCUUCUCCAAGGCGAUGCGUUUAACCGCGAUGGUGGCAUCGAGCUCACCAAGGACACCAUAAGCGGAACGGUCACCAGGAGUACGGGCAGAGCGAGCUACAAGAAGGAGCUCUUCCUCCUAUGGGACGCGCAAACCAAACAGCUAUCAGAUUUCACCACCCGUUUUGUCUUCGACAUCAGGUCUCAGGUUUAUGCCGGCGAUGGCCUCGCUUUCUUCUUGUCGGCGCCGAUCUUCACUGUUCCCAACAAUUCCUUUGGCGGAAGCCUGGGCCUCUUUUCUUGGCCGCCUCAUCCUACCAAGUCGCCGGAGAACACAACGGUGGCGGUCGAGUUCGACACGUUUCCAAAUCCUGCUUACAAUGAUCCGGAUGGAAACCACGUCGGAAUCGACAUCAACUCGGUGAACUCGACGGUGACGGCAAGUUGGAGCAAUUUUACCGAAAAGACGACCUCGUGGGUCACUUACAAUUCCACCACUUAUACUUUAAGUGUUUUCUUAUCUAGCGGAGAUAACCAGCUGGAGCUCAGCGAUGCAGUUCUGAUCCUCAACUACACCAUCGAUUUGAGCACUAGGCUGCCGGAAAAAGUAGAAAUUGGCUUCUCGGCAGCCACCGGUGCUGGCAUCGAAGCACAUACUAUACUCUCAUGGUCGUUCCACUCGACUCUGCAGCUAGGAAAGAAGUUCGAGAGGGCGGUUAUUGCCAUUUCCAUCGCCGGGGCAGUAGUCUUAAUCCUGGUGGCUGCUUCGGGCUCGCUAUGGUUCCUUAAACGAAGGCGUAGGACGAACGGAAAAGACGAAGACGCCGAUUGGAUCAUGGAUGAAGCCAUGGAUAGUGAGUUUGAAAGAGGGAGUGGACCGAAGAGGUUCCCUUACCUGGAACUUGCCCGCGCCACCGGGGAUUUCUCCGACGAGGGCAAGCUUGGAGAAGGAGGGUUCGGGUCGGUCUACAGAGGCGUGUUGAAAGAGGCCAAACUCGAAGUCGCCAUCAAAAGGGUCUCCAAGGGUUCAAAACAGGGGAGGAAGGAGUACAUGUCGGAGGUCAAAAUUAUCAGCCGGCUGCGCCACCGCAACUUGGUGCAGCUCGUAGGCUGGUGCCAUGACCGCCAGGAAUUCCUCCUCGUCUACGAGUUGGUUCCCAAUGGCAACCUCGAUUCCUACCUCCAUGGUGGCUCCACGACAACUUUGGAAUGGGAAGUGCGGCUCAGGGUGACGCUGGGCUUGGCCUCGGCUCUGCUUUAUCUGCACGAGGAGUGGGAGCAGUGCGUGGUGCACCGGGAUGUCAAGCCGAGCAACGUCAUGCUGGACUCGGCGUUCAAUGCCAAGCUGGGGGACUUCGGUCUCGCGAAACUCCUCGACCACGACGGUGGGCCGCAAACGACGACGGUGUUGGCCGGCACGAGAGGGUACAUGGCGCCGGAGUACGUAUUCACCGGCAAGGCAAGUAAAGAAUCGGACAUCUAUAGCUUCGGGGUCGUAGUGCUAGAGAUAGCAUCCGGUAGAAAGUCAUUAAUGGUAGAGAUGAAUGGCAUGGCCGAACUGGUUCGAUUGGUUUGGGAGCUUUACGGGAGGAAGAUGAUUCUUGAGGCAGCAGAUGCGAGGCUACAGGGUGAAUUUGAUGAGAGACAAAUGGAAUGCUUAAUGGUUGUGGGGUUAUGGUGCGCUCAUCCUGAUCCAAAGGCGCGACCGUCCAUGAAGCAAGUUAUCAGUGCGCUCAACUUUGAGGCUCCGUUGCCGGAGCUUCCUCCGACGAUGCCGGUGCCUACCUUUAGUCCCACGUUGCCGGGACUGUCUUCGGAUGCUCAAAUGAAUUCUAUAAAUGAUACUAGGUUUAGCCUUUCAGGAGGAAGAUGAUUCUCGAGGCAAUAGAUACGCUCUCCCUUAAUGCUUUCAACAGUUCGGAAAACUUUGAUGCUAAACAAACUCGCUACAGUCUACUUUACAAAUCUUGUUGUCUACUAGAUUGCUUUGUUGGAGUCGGUAGAGUACGUGGAAGAACAAUUCUUGAAUCCUCAGUGUGUUGUUCCUUUGGAACCUGUUCUGGUGUGUAUCUUCUAGGAACGAAACGAACGAGAGAGGGGUGGGUGAAUCUUGUUUUACAAAUUAUUCUU